AUGGCAGAGGACGUGGAGACGUUUGCCUUCCAGGCUGAGAUCAACCAGCUGCUCAACCUCAUCAUCAACACCUUCUACUCAAACAAGGAGAUCUUCUUGCGCGAGCUCAUCUCCAACGCGUCGGACGCCCUCGACAAGAUCCGCUACAUCGGCCUCACCGACAAGCCCGCGCUCGAGACCAACCCGGAGCUCUACGUGCACCUGGUGCCCGACAAGGCCAACAAGUGCAUCCACAUCAUCGACUCGGGCAUCGGCAUGACCAAGGCCGACCUCGUCAACAACCUGGGCACCAUCGCCAAGUCGGGCACCAAGGCCUUCAUGGAGGCCCUCCAGGCCGGCGCUGACGUCAGCAUGAUUGGUCAGUUCGGCGUGGGCUUCUACUCGGCGUACCUGGUCGGCGAUCGGGUGGUGGUGACGACCAAGCACAACGACGACGAGCAGUACGUGUGGGAGUCGGCGGCCGGCGGCACCUUCACCAUCAAGCGCGACACCGAGGGCGAGCCCCUGAAGCGCGGCACCAAGAUCACGGUCUACCUCAAGGAGGACCAGCUCGAGUACCUCGAGGAGCGUCGGCUCAAGGACCUCGUCAAGAAGCACUCCCAGUUCAUUCAGUACCCGAUCUCGCUCUGGGUCGAGAAGACGAAGGAGAAGGAGGUCGAGGAAGAAGCUGAAGAAGAAGAGGAGAAGAAGAAGGCCGAGGAGGAGACUACGGCGGAGGCGCCCAAGAUCGAAGAGGUGACCGAGGAGGAAGAAGAGAAAAAGGAGAAGGAAAAGAAGAAGAAAAAGGUCAAGGAGACGUACCACGAGUGGGAGCUGCUCAACAAGACGAAGCCGAUCUGGACGCGCAACCCGCAGGAGGUGUCCGAGGACGACUACAAGCAGUUCUACAAGAACCUGACCAACGACUGGGAGGACUACCUCGCGGUGAAGCACUUCUCGGUCGAGGGCCAGCUCGAGUUCAAGUCGAUCGUGUUCGUGCCCAAGCGCCCGCCGUUCGACCUGUUCGAGACCCGCAAGAAGCGGGCCAACGUCAAGCUCUACGUGCGUCGAGUCUUCAUCACCGACGACUGCGAGGAGCUCGUGCCCGAGUGGCUCAACUUCGUGCGCGGCAUCGUCGACUCGGAGGACCUGCCGCUCAACAUCUCGCGCGAGAUGCUCCAGCAGAACAAGAUCCUGCGCGUCAUCCGGAAGAACCUCGUCAAGAAGUGCAUCGAGCUCUUCAACGAGAUCGCCGAGAAGAAGGAGGACUUUGACAAGUUCUACGAGGCCUUCGGCAAGAACAUCAAGUACGGCAUCCACGAGGACUCGACCAACCGGACGAAGCUGGCGGAGCUGCUGAGGUUCCAUUCGACGAAGUCGGGCGCGGAGAUGACGUCGUUCAAGGACUACGUGACGCGGAUGAAGGAGAACCAGAAGGAGAUCUACUUCAUCACGGGCGAGACCAAGAAGGCGGUCGAGAGCGCGCCGUUCGUGGAGGGCCUCAAGAGGAAGGGCUACGAGGUGCUGUUCAUGGUGGAUCCCAUCGACGAGUACAUGGUGCAGCAGCUCAAGGAGUACGACGGCAAGAAGCUGGUCAACAUCACCAAGGAGGGCCUCAAGCUCGACGAGACCGAGGAGGAGAAGAAGAAGGCCGAGGAGACCAAGAAGGCCAACGAGAACCUGUGCAAGGUCAUCAAGGACAUCCUCGGCGACAAGGUCGAGAAGGUGGUGAUCUCGAACAGGCUGGUGGACUCGCCGUGCGUGCUGGUGACGGGCGAGUUCGGGUGGUCGGCCAACAUGGAGCGGAUCAUGCGCGCCCAGGCCCUGCGCGACAGCUCGAUGCAGACCUACAUGGUCUCGAAGAAGACGCUGGAGAUCAACCCCGACCACGCGAUCGUGACCGAGCUCAGGAAGAAGGCCGACGCCGACAAGAACGACAAGACCGUGAAGGACCUCGUGUGGCUCCUGUUCGACACGGCCCUGCUCGCGUCGGGCUUCUCGCUCGAGGAGCCGGGCGGCUUCGCCCAGCGCAUCCACCGCAUGAUCAAGCUGGGCCUCAGCAUCGAGGACACCGAGAGCGACCGCGUCAUGGGCGACGACGACCUCCCGCCGCUCGAGAGCGAGGAAGCCAGCGCUGCUGAUGAGGGCUCCAGGAUGGAGGAGGUCGACUAA